CUCGGACGCGUAAUCUACAACACAAAAAACGACGGGUUUUCAAUUGAAUAUUUCUUGCGACUAGUGCUGGUGGUACAAAACAACAGCAACAACAGCAACAACAACAAACCACACAAAUAUUAUUUGUUUGUUUUAUUUCAAUUCAAAUUGUUUUUGCUAAAAAUAUCAUCAAAUAUCAGAUGAAAGAAAAUUUUAAAACAACUCAAGAAAAAAAUAAAACAUAUUUUACCAAAUAUGAGCUGUUAUUUCAACACAAUGUCAAGUGAAAUAAGUUGCUAUGUUUGAAUAUCUGUUUUCAAAAUAUUGAUUAAAAAAAGCUAAUUUGAAAUAAAUUGAAAAAAUUCAAAAUGACCAAAAUCGAUUGUAAAUCCAGGCGUGGCACCAAAAUAUCGGUGAUCAUUUUGGGCGGAGCUUUGUGCGCGGUGAUGAUGGCCUAUUUCGUUUUUGGCGACAACAACGAUGAACGUGGCCUACGUAAUUUACGAAUGAUAUCCAUACUUUUUAGGCAUGGCGAGAAGAAUCCCAGUGAGUUGUAUCCCAACGAUCCACAUGUUACCCAUGAAUGGCCAGGUGGUUUGGGAGCCCUGACGCAGAAAGGUAGCCUGCAGGCCUAUAAUUUGGGUAAAAAUUUAAGAAUGCGUUACUAUCGGCUGUUGCCACCGAACGGUCUAUAUACGGCUCAGCAAGUGUCUGUUUUAAGUUCGGCAGCAGAACGAUGUCUGAUGAGCGCUAAUAGUCUGUUGGCUGGAUUUAUGCCGCCACUGGAACACAACAACCCCCUGCCCAUUGAAUGGCAAACUGUGGCAGUGAAUUCCAUACCCAGGAAGGAGGAUACUUUACUGGCCCAAAAGAAACCCUGUGCCAAAUACGAUACCAUUCUACAAAAACUAUACAAGUCACCACCCCCGGAUUUGAGGAAGCUCGAUGAUGACAACUACAAACUGUAUCGUUUGCUGACCAAACACACUGGCCAAAAUAUUACCUCAGUUUUGGAUGUUGAGCUAUUGUACAAUACUUUAAAGAUUGAAAGUGAAGCAGGUCUCACUCUACCCGAUUGGGCUGAAAAUAUCUAUCCGGAUCGUUUGGAACCCUUGGCCGAGCGUAGCUAUACUCUGUUCACCGAAACAAAUCUCAUGAAAAAGGUUAAGGGUGGGGCCUUUCUCACAGAGAUUCAUUCGAAAAUGUUGAAUAAACGUAAGCGUAAUCUGAGUCCGGAUAGGAAAAUAUUCCUCUAUGCCGGACAUGAUGUGACACUGGUUAAUGUGAUGAAUUCUUUGAAUAUUCUCGAUCAAACGGCCAAGCUGCCCGAAUAUGCCUCGGCAUUGGCAUUUGAGUUGCAUCAUAGUUCAUUGUUUAAAGAUGAUUUUGAGGUUAAGAUUGUUUACUACUACAACAGCGAUGACAAGUUCCCCAAAGAACUGGCCAUACCAAAUUGUGAUGCCCCCUGUUCGUUGACUCAAUUCACAGCCUCCAUUAGCCAUUUGCUGCUGGACAACUACGAUGAGACUUGUGAGAAUCCCAAGCCGGAUUGUAAAUAACAGAUACUUGAUAUGGUCCGCAUGAUAUAUCCUAUUGGAAUUUUGUUAUUUAUUAUUAGAUCUAUACAAUAUUU